AUGGAAAAAGAUUUAAUAGACCCACAAUUACAGCAAAAUUAUAAUACAGAAACGAGAUAUAUUUUCACAACCAGUAUGCUUAGGAAUAUAGAUGAAAGAAUACCUAAUUUGGACAGUGUUGUUACCAUAGACAACCCUAACCCAGAGGAUGAAGUAAGACUACAAGAAGUUAAAAGAAAAACAGCACCGCCCCUAAAUUAUGAACGUGAAAGAAGAAUUGAAGAGUUGGGCUGGUACUUUUUAUUCCCUGACGGAAAAAAUGGAUUUGGUGAAGAAAGAGACGUUUCGAUUACCCCAUUAGACUACUUCCAAGCUCGUGUAAUGAGUAAUGAUAAAAUGUUCCAGAGAAAUGAUUAUUUAUUUUUUGCAUUGUCUGUAGUCGAGUAUUUUCGAGCUAAAGCUAGUGUGUCAGUUUCAUGCAGAAUGCGUCAAGGGCAAGGAGAAUUUACACCCCACGGACUGAUUGACAAUAUACAUCUGACUAUGAGAAAUGUGCGAGGGUCUGCUUCGUACUGGAGACGAUGCUGUUCGGAGUUGAUUGCUAUGGUAAGAAGUCUAGGGCCUCCUACCUGGUUUAUGACCUUUUCGUGUAAUGAUCUUAACUGGCCGGAUAUGAUAAAAGCUUUGCUCAUUGCGGAUGAACGCAAUGUAAAUGAUAUAGAUAACGUAACAUUUCCUGAACGACUAAAAUUGGUGCAAAAAUAUCCAGUGGUUGUUACCAGACAAUUCUCAACAAGAGUUAAUGCUCUUAUGCGUUAUUUAAAACAAAAUAAUGUCUGUUUGGGUGGAAGUAUCCUAGACUAUUGGUAUAGGAUAGAAUUCCAGAAUAGAGGAAGUCCACACUUGCACAUGUUAGUGUGGUGUGAAAACAUUCCUGAUUUUUCGACAAAUGAAGGAUUAAGUGUAAUUGAAAGAGUUAUUUCGUGUUCUUUGUACCCCCAUAACAAAGAGUUAUUAAAUCUAGUUCAAAAUGUCCAAAUGCAUAGACAUACCAACACCUGCUACAAAGAUCGUACCAACCAUUGUUGUCGUUUUGGGUUUCCCAGGGCUCCAAGUAACGCUACCUUAUAUUUGGGUCCUGAUGAAGCACUUACCAACAACGGUCGGUUUUGCAUCUUGCGAAGAACUUCUCAAGAAACUAUGGUAAAUAACUAUAGUCCUGAAAUUCUUAGUCUUUGCGGAGGAAACAUGGACAUUCAGCCAUGCGGAAAUAUCUCUGCCGUCGCGUAUUAUGUUGCAAAAUAUGCAAGUAAGUGUGAACCUCACGACACUGGAGACGUUGUACGCCAAGCAAUUACAAAAGCUAAAAGACGGGGUGACACAGUGUGGAGCCAACUGUUUGCGGUCUCUAUGGCAAUACUCUCGCAACGAUUGGUAAGUGCUCCCGAAUGUGCAUAUCACCUUUGCCACCUGCCGCUUAAAAUGAGUUCUGGUAAAACAAUAUUUGUGAAUAGCUGCAUGCCAAAUCAACGCUUUCGUUUAUUUCGAUUUGAAGGUGAUGAAACUUCAAUAUACAACAACAUAUUUAACCGUUACGUGUUGAGGCCGGAUGAGCUAGAAAACAUUAGUCUAGCAGAAUUUGCUGUGCGUUAUGAGACGAUUUCAAAUAUUAUGUGGAGUGAGGAAGAUGGUGAUAUUGAACUGAGAGAACCUGUUGAUGGGCCUAUAACAAUAAGAUAUAUACGAUUGAGGGAUGCUUCAAGCAUGCGAGUAAGAAAUAAGCCAGCUGUGUUACGUACACGUUACUACACACUUAAUAGUGACAAAAAUGGGUAUUAUUACAGCUUAAUUGUUUGCCAUAUUCCAUUUCGCGAUGAAAACCAACUAAUCUUGGAAGACGAGACUCCAGAAUCUUGUUUUCUUAGACGAAAAGACGAAUUAAGGCCUCUGUUGACUAACGUUAGUACCGAAGAUUUCGCUCAUGCAGAACAAGUCAUUCAACAAGCACUUGCCCAGGCAACUGCUUUAAAUGUUGCACGUGAAACGCGUUGCGAAAAUGUUCCUCGAGAAACGGGUUUCAAAAAUAUCACGGACGAUCAAAUUAUAAACGCCAAUGAACAUAUUAUCCAAAUUCAGGACGACUACUGUGAAGAUGUAGAAGAAAGAGGUGCAAUGCCUGAUGAUAUUUUUUUAAAUAAUAUUAGAGGUCUAAACAUACAGCAGAAGGAUUUAUUUCAAAGAAUUUCUACGGCCAUUGAAAAAGAUUUACAUGGUGAUGAUGAAAAGUUGUUCCUUUUUAUAACUGGAGGAGCUGGCAGUGGCAAAUCAUUUGUUUUAAAAUUACUCGUGGAGCACAUUAAGAGGUGUUAUGCGCCUACAGUUGAUUUGCUUCUAAAGCCUAAAUUUGUUGAGGUAGGUUCAUUGACUGGUGUCGCCGCCCGCCAGGUACUUGGGAAAACAUUGCAUUCUAUUUUUUCUCUUCCUAUCGAAAAAGGUAAUUCAACUGCAUAUAGACGCUUAACUGGUGAAAAGCUAGAACAAGAAAGACGUAAAUGGCGUAACACAAGUUGGAAUACAAAAACAAUGAUAAGUUGUAUUGGUGGCAUAAAUAUUGUUCUCUUUGGAGACAUCAUGCAACUGCCCCCUGUAAAAGGACAUUGGUGCUUUGUCCAGCCACCUUGGAAUGCUGCAGAAGUUAAUUUAUGGCACGCAUUUUCAUUCUUCGAAUUAACGAUCAAUAUGAGACAACGAAAUGAUAUAGAGUUUGUUGACCUGUUAAACAAUUUACGCGUAGGCGAAUUGACAACAAGUCAACUGGAUUUGCUCUGUCAGAGGCGAAUAGUGGAUUUAGAUGAAGAGUUUAAGGAUGGUGUUGUGUUUCGAAUAUUCCCGACUGUCAACCAAGUUCACGAAUACAAUAAUGAGAUGACAGCUAUAAAUGCAAAACAAAAUCGCGUCUAUACAAUCCGUUCCAUAGAUCAGUCUCGUGAAGUUGCUACCUAUGGAAAGAAACCUCCAGAUAAUGUUGUUCCAAAAGAUGUGAAUAAUUGUGGUGGACUUUUAUCUGAGGUAAAAUUAGCUGUCGAAUCUCGUGUGAUGUUGAGACGUAACAUAUCAGUACCCGACGGGCUCGUCAAUGGUGCUAUGGGUAUUGUAAAAAUAAUAAAAUGGCCAUUACUACGCAGGGAUAUUAGUACAAUUUGA